CCAACCCCCUCCUCUCCUCUCCUCUCCUCUUCUCCCCCUCACCUCUCAAAGUCCCAACAGAGAAUUAAAGAAGAGCUCAUGGAGCCCCACAACACCACUCCUCCACACGGGCUGACACGGGAGGAGUAUGCCGGGCUGGAGCAGGUCAUCCGGACGCACCACACGUUCCCUCGGGCCCCGGGGACGUGCACGUCUCUCAUCACGCAGCGCAUCGAUGCGCCGCUCCGGGCGGUGUGGCCCAUCAUCCGGAGAUUCGACCACCCGCAGCGGUACAAGCACUUCAUCAAGAGCUGCACCCUCACCUGGGGGGACGGUGGCGUGGGCAGCGUAAGGGACGUCACCGUGAUCUCCGGCCUCCCUGCGUCGACCAGCACCGAGAGGCUGGAGAUUUUGGAUGAUGAGCGACACAUACUUAGCUUCAGCGUCAUGGGCGGCGAGCACCGGCUCAAGAACUACCGCUCGGUCACGUCGGUGACCGAGUUCACAAGGGACGACGGGAAGCCAUAUACGAUCGUUCUGGAGUCCUACGUCGUCGACAUACCGGAGGGAAACACACAGGAGGAUACCAAGAUGUUUGUGGAUACCGUCGUCAGGCUCAACUUGCAGAAGCUUUCAGCGGUGGCGAUGGCUUCCAUCUAAGAAGGAAUACUUGAUGGUGGUGAUGUUGAUGAUGAUGGUUAUUAACAUGAUGGAGGUCAUGGUAGUUUUUUUUUUUUUUUUUUUUUGCGCUUUUUUUCUUGUAUAAUUUUGGUUUUUCACCUUACUUUUGAAGCAAGUGGGUUGGUCUUUCAAUGCAGGUUUGCUUAAUUUGUAUAUUCUUAGUUUGGUCGGUUCUUGUUUUAAUUUAGUGGAACAAAAUGUAAGGAAAAGAAUGCAUCUUUGUUUCAGACUGUCUCCAUCUCUCUUUCUAAACUGAGUGUAAAGCUUGAACAGAAAACUCUCAGGAUAUGAAGCCCA